AUGUUUUUCCAAGGUGAUAGGGAGGGUCAGCAUCUGCCCUCAAGCUCGGUUUUCAGUCCCUUCCUCGAGACCACACUCCCUGGGGUGCCCUGUGGGCUAGUGCAGGGUGGGGAGCAGGCAGCAGGGGGCGGCAAGGUGGGGCGGGGCGCGGUGCUGGGGCGGCCAGGGGCGGGGCAAGGGGAUGGCGCAAUCCCCGGCCAGCGGGCGUCAGACAGCGGACUGUUAGCUAAGGGUUACAUCACCCGGCCGGACCCGGAGCGGGGCACACUGCGAUCCCGAGUCACUCGAGGUUCCUACGGCUCAGCACACUUUCUCGCCAGGGGCUGGACUGCGAGAUUGGCCUCAGCGCAGCGGGCAGGUGUCACCUGCGGGGACAAGAUUCGAGCCACCUCUCUGCCUGCUCCUGUGGGUGCUCCCUCCACGAAGAAGACGAUGGAGUCAGUGGCCGACUUGGACCCUGAGUGGCCCAUUGAGAAACGAGCUCGAAGUGGGCCCCAGCCCAGGCCAGUGCCCUGCCUGCUGACUCUGAGCCCACCCCCGGCUCUAGCCCAUGUACCUGCCAUGGCCCCUGUCUCCCAGCACCUUGGGCCCUACGUCCUCCUGGAGCCCAAGGAGGAUGGGAGGGCCUACCGGGCCCUGCACCGCCCCACAGGCACUGAGUACACCUGCAAGGUGUACCCGGCAUCCGAAGCCCAGGCAGUGCUGGAGCCCUACUCGAGGCUGCCCCCCCACGAUCACGUGGCUCGGCCCGCGCAGGUCCUGCUGGGCACCGAGCUCCUCUACGCCUUCUUCUGUCGGACUCACGGGGACAUGCACAGCCUGGUCCGCAGCCGAGGCCGCGUCCCUGAGCCAGAGGCUGCCCUGCUUUUCCGUCAGAUGGCCGCUGCUCUGGCGCACUGCCACCAGCAUGGUCUGGUCCUGCGUGAUCUCAAACUUCGGCGCUUCGUCUUCACCAACCGUGAGAGGACAAAGCUGGUACUGGAGAACCUGGAGGAUGCCUGUGUCCUGACGGGGCCUGACGACCUACUGUGGGACAAACAGGCGUGCCCAGCCUAUGUGGGACCCGAGAUCCUCAGCUCUCAAGCAUCCUACUCCGGCAAGCCAGCAGAUGUCUGGAGCCUGGGCGUGGCGCUCUUCACCAUGCUGGCUGGCCACUACCCCUUCCAGGGCUCAGAGCCUGCCCUGCUCUUUGGCAAGAUCCGCCGUGGUGCCUUUGCCCUGCCUGCUGGCCUCUCAGCCCCUGCCCGCUGCCUGGUCCGCUGCCUCCUCCGGCGGGAGCCGGCCGAGAGGCUCAUGGCCACAGGCAUCCUACUGCACCCCUGGCUGCAGGGGGACCCACGCCCCACAGCCCUAUCCCGAUCCCACCUUGGGGAUGCUGAUCAGGUGGUCCCUGAUGGGGCAGGGCUGGAGGAGGAGGGGGACAGCGGGGAGGUGUGUCUGUACAGCUAGGCCACUCUGCUAGACGCCCAGCUGCAAACAGUGGGUGAGGGUCUCCAAGCUUUCUCCUGCCUCUUUCUAUUGAGCCCAAUCUCAAGUGCCUUCUAGAAGGGAGGAGGCAUGGGGAAGUGUGCUGCCUGCACAUUUGUGUUCUUUUAUACACAUGUCAGUGCUUGUGUGCACACUCUGUGCCACCCUGUUCUAGGUGCUUGUAUUGUAGCAGUGAGUAAAGGAGACAUACUUUGCUCCAGAGCACAUGCUCACCCCCAUGGGCCAUUCUACCCGGGCACACUCAGUACCAGGGUCACCCUCCACUUGUGCUGGUGCCAAGACCCUCUGGUCCACAGGACAGUCUCUGUCUCCAACAACCCAGCUGCCUUUGUGCCCUGCACCUAGCAGAGAAAGGGAAGCAAGGCUUCCAAAAGGUGCCCAGCCUUGCCCUGCAGCCAGGCCCACGAUGCCUAGAUGGGCUGGAAGAACAAGAAUCCCACAUGAGGCUGGUUCUCAUCAGACUCAGCAAAGGCUUAGAAUGAGGGUCCUGGCCCUUCCACCCACACUGGCCCUGAUCGGAGCGCCAAAGUUGGGAGACAGGACCAGCAGGAUCUGCCAGUCUUCUGAAGGCAAUGCGAAGUCUCCAUCCCUGUUUUGGGGACAUUCAGUGUCCAGGACUGUAGUCAAUACUAUGUUUUUGGAUGAUGAGUAUAUAAUAUCAUCUUGUGCCUAAUAAAACAGAGUUAAAUACUUUUA